AGAGCGCGCGUGUGAUGUGUUUGUGUAUCCUCAGUGUUUUUCUCUCUUGCGUGUUUCAUUGAGUGUAAACAGAGUCUUGUCUUUGUGUAUUUAUGUGUUAAGACGAUGAUGAUGAGAUGUGCUGUUCUGUAAAUCAGUAUGAACUGAUCUGUCCGUGCUGGAUUUAUUGAUGAUCAUCAGAGAAAUCUCUCGGCUGAAGAAAGAGGUGGCGUUACUGGAGACAAAGCUGAGGUCAAGGGGAGAUUUACCAAUUACCAAAUAUCAUUUACCUGAAUCAGACAACAUCAAAUCAUUUCAUGGAUCAAACCUCCACAGAGUCUCUGGAUUCUGUCUUUAACGUUGGAGAACAGCAGCAGAUCCUGCAGACCAAACUGAAGAUGUGUUCAGUUAAACCCAGCGACUGCAUGAACCUCAUGAUGAAGAUUAAAACUGAACCAACAGAAAUCAAAACGGAACCUACAGAAUUUAAAACUGAACAAACAGAAAUUAAAACUGAACCCACAGAAAUUAAAACUGAAACCACAGAAAUUAAAACUGAACCCACAGAAAUCAAAACUGAACCUACACAAGAGGAAGAUCGCACUGAUGAAGAUGAUGAUUUUAUUCCAUCAGAUGUGAAGAGUGAUUCAUGUUUGGAUAUAGAAAUAACGUCCUCAACAUCAAAAGAGCGACUGACAGCACAAACUCUUUCCUGCAUCAGCUGUGGAAAGACAUUCAGCUCACAGAGACAUUUAGAGAGACAUGAGAGAAAACACACAGAACAGAAACUCUUCACCAGAUCUGAGAUCAGCUUUACUACCUUACAAGAGAUGAAACUUCAUUCAGAAGACCACAGAGAGAAGAAGAAGAAGAAGCAGUUUCACUGUGAGCAGUGUGGGAGGAUUUGUGUCUCUUCUUCUGAUCUAAAUGUUCACAUGAGGGGACACAGUGAUGAAAAGCCUUUCAACUGCACUGAAUGUGGAAAUUACUUCAAAACAAAACAAAAUCUUAAUGUUCAUCAGAGAGUUCACACUGGAGAAAAACCUUUUAAAUGCUCUCAGUGUGACAAGACUUUUUCUCAGUCAGGUCACUUGAAAGUCCAUCAGAGAGUUCAUACUGGAGAGAAACCUUACGUCUGUGAUCACUGUGGAAAGAACUUCACUAAUUCAUCUCAAUUCAGAGAUCAUCAGAGAGUUCACACUGGAGAGAAACCUUAUCACUGUAGCGUCUGUGGUAAGAGUUUUGGACAACGGGCUUCAUUACUAAAUCACAAGAGAUUUCAUACAGGUGAAAAAACUUUCAAAUGCUCUCAGUGUGACAAAACGUUCGCUUCUUUAGGUUGCAUCAAAUCCCAUCAGAGAGUUCACACUAGAGAGAAACCUUACGUCUGCUCUCCAUGUGGAAAGAGCUUCUCUGAUUCAUCUCAAUUAAGAGUUCAUCAAAGAGUUCAUACUGGAGAGAAACCUUUCAAAUGCUCUCUGUGUAACAAGACGUUUACUUUUUCAAGUAACUUAAUAGUUCAUCAGAGAGUUCAUACUGGAGAGAAACCUUAUCACUGUAGUGUCUGUGGGAAGAGUUUUAGUCAAUGGAAUCACUUAGUUAUUCACAAGAGAAUUCAUGAUAAACCUUUCAAAUGCUCUCAGUGUGACAAGACAUUUGCUCUGUCAGGUUCCUUAAAAUCCCAUCAGAGAGUUCACACCGGAGAGAAACCUUAUUACUGUAACAUUUGUGAGAAGAGUUAAUCAACAGUCAAACUUUGUUAAGCACCAGUGACAUUAAUACAAACAACCAAUCACAGUUUGUUUCCUAGCGAAAUGUCCACACAAUAAUUGAAAUAACUUGCCGCAACCAAAGAGUAUAGAAGCACAAGAGGGGAAACUCUCAUUCGUUUUUGGCAUCAGUCACUAAGUGGCGCUUCAGUAGCGCGGCCGCCAUUUUGGAAUGAAAAUUCUGACAGCCAAUUCAUUCUCAGCAAAUCUCACAGCCAAAUCAGAAGCGCAAUAGUAAGUUUCUUGAAUUAAAAUUUUGUUCACUUGCUACACCUACACGAAACGCUGUAUUGUCUUGUAUGUAUGUGUUGAUUUGUUGUUGUUAUCAGCUGUGGAAUCCAAUCAUUAAAUAGAUACAAAUUUGAGGUAGUUUUUUCUUGCUUUAUUAUGUAAUUCUAUGUUAUGCUACUUUAAACAUUUACUACUAUUAUAAGUUACCAACUCCACUAGGUAUGAAAUAUAUUUUGUACAUAUUAAUCCCCUGCCCGAUACAAACAUUAUAAUCUUAUAGAACAUGAUGCAUUGUUCUGUCUUUUUUUUCUGUGUGUUAUCCUAUAAUUGCCACUUUUUGACAGUUGGCUGUGUUUUUUUUUUUACUUAAUCCAUUUCGAGCAAUUCAGAUGUAUAUGUGUGUAUAUAUGUGUAUGUAUAUGGAGCCAAAAUAUUAUUUGUGGAUGAGUUUAUAUUAGCCUAUACUGUAUAAAAGUGGAAGACUUGUCUAAAUAUCUGAAAAUAAGCUGUAAAAAGGGAUUAAUGAUCACUGGUCUGAUUGUAUGUUAUUCUGUGUUAUCAUCAAUCAGUUUGAAUUUGAUCUUUUAAUGUACAAACUAGCUGAUUUGCCAUACUUCUAGUUGACUCCCGAGUCGCUUUCAUUCCAAAAUGGCGGAUUCGUGGGGCUGCUGCUGGGCGCGGUUGAUGCAAUGGAACGUUCUAUUGAGUUUCCUCUCUUGUGCUUCUAUACUCUUUGCCGCAAUCAAAUAGCACCUUAACAAACAUCAUUACUCACCAUAGAACAAUGCGCAUAUAAACAAUGCGUAAUGUAAACAACACAAUCAACAGCAAACAUUUUCUGUCUCAGUUGGCAUUGUAGCCUACUGAAUUUACUGAAUUUUGAAUAAAAAGAGUGUUUAAAAAACUGUUGCAGUGGUUAAUUUAAUAAUGAUUAUAUUUACCAUUUUGUUGUAUCUUAACAUUUCUGUAUGUUUCAUUAGAAUGUGAUCCUUAAGCAAUUAUUUUUAUGUAGUAAACUGACAAGUAACCUUCGUCAUAAUAGCGGCAUAAUACUUUAUUUACAUAUGAAGGUUAUAUCAGUGCACAAGCAGUUGUAUUUUAAGACACCUCCUCCCGUCUGAUUUCCUUUCAUCUCCUGCCCUUCCAUCUUUUGGUGUGUCAUCUUUCAUAUACAAUAUAAAAACCAAACUGAAAGUAUCACGUUGGUCUUUUUUUCUGUAAAACAGAUACAAAACAAUAAAGCAGCACAUCUGUGAUGGUUUUUAUAACUGGUUUGUAAAUGAUAAUGCAAUUGGGUGAUGACCAUUUGUUUAUGUUUGGGCCAAGGGUCUGAGUCAAAGGGGAAUGAUAAGCCUAAGGUGUGAACACAUUUCUAUAAUAAUGAAAUGGUCCGGGUGAGACAGUGGGUGAGAUGUUAAUAUUAAUGGGAUUAAGGGUUGGUGAAACUGAAGGCUUGGGAGUGGCAGGGUUACUUCUUUUCAAUAUUUUUUGAUGUUUAAUGCUUUUAAAGUUGAGUGCUUUGUUUUCCAUUUAGGGGGCUGCCUGCUAAAAUGUGUAUGAAUGCAAUGUAGGGCUGUAAGUCAGACUUUGUGACUGCAGCGUCUGGACUGUAUGCUCUGAUUUGAAGAU